AUGGAUAAGGAUUGGAUGCUUGCUGAUAGGAGAUCUUUGAGGUUUCAAACUGGGUUUGAAAAUUUCCUCAAAUUUGCUUCGGGAAAUGCUGCCGACAAAACAAGUAUACGUUGUUCUUCUCUGAAGUGUUGUAACCACCAUGGAUUUACCACUGGUGUUAUCAAGGACCAUGUUUUUUGUAACGGCAUUAUGCCCAAUUACAGGAAUUGGGCAAAACAUGGUGAGCCUUCUGCCAUGAAUGCCAGAAGUAACGAAAAGUUAGAAACAGUAGAAGGUUUGCCGGAGGGUGUAGACAGUGAAGAAAGUCAGGGUGAGGAGAUGUCAAUUGACUCAGAUGAGUUUCUUAGGUUUGUGGAAGAUGGAGAUAAACCUUUGUAUCCCGGUUGUACAAAGACAACAAAAUUGAACGCUCUUAUUGAACUGUUCAAUUUGAAAGCGAAGCACACAAUGGCUGUUGCUUGCUUUUCUGACGUGCUAUUGCUGAUUGGGAUGUUGCUUCCUGUAUUGAAUGAAUUACCUAGCAAUAUAUAUGAGGCGAAGAAAUCAUUUGCAGCAUUGGGGAUGGAGUAUGAAAAAAUUCAUGCUUGUCCAAACGACUGCAUUUUGUAUAGAGGGGACCAUGAGGAAGCUGUAAUCUGUCCAGAAUGUAGUACAUCACGUUAUAAGCUGGGAAAGAAUAAUGUUGUGAAGGACGGGAUUGCAGCGAAGGUUUUGUGGUACUUCCCUGUUAUACCAAGAUUUAAAAGGAUGUUCCAAUCACCAAAAACAGCUAAGGACUUGACUUGGUAUGCGGAUAGGAAAAAAGAUGGCACGAUGCGGCAUCCAGCUGAUCCACCGACUUGGGAACUUGUUGACAAAAAAUGA